AUGCGUGCCGGUGCUGCCUCUGCAGCUCGCUGGGCGAGGUGCAGAAAUGCGCACUGCUCACUGUGGGCACGCAACCUGAAUGCGAAGCUCCAAUUCCAUCGUGGCCUCGCCGCAGCGCCUUUGCUGCGCUUGGCGGCCGAGCCGAUGCCCAUCUCUGGCUUCGUGGAGCAGCGUAGCUGCGGCUCCUCCCUGAUCAGCAACGUUUGCGCUUCCGGUGAGGAGGCGGACGCCAUGGAUGUCAGUGUGGCGGCAGCCCAGGCAAUUGCAGUCAUUCUUGAUGGUGUCUCCAAGCUCGAUGGCAGCGUUAGCAGCCGCUUCGCAGAAAUGUUAGACACAUCCGUACUAAUCAUGUACAAAUGCUGCAGCGGCUUGCCUGGACCCCAGGCCCGUUGUUGGAGACUUCAACCCUGA